AUGUCAGGAUCUCGAUCUGCCAACAACGCACCCUCGUUCACGAUGGAACAAGCCGGUGCCGAAAUCCAACGACUCUCCGCUCUGGUACAGGCCUUACAGGCAGGAGGUACCCAGAGUGCGAAGUAUGAAGUUCCACCAAUGUAUGGAGGAAGUAAGGAAGGUCUCCGAGGAUUCCUCACUCAGUGUAGAGGAUAUCUCGUGAAGUAUAAACCCAACUUCCCAUACCUGGACGAUCAGGUACUCUUCGCAGCAACUCGGCUCGAAGGAGAAGCCCUCGCCUGGUUCGAACCCAUGUGGAGGAACUACUUGGAACAUCCAAAGAACGACAGAGACCCCAAGGCUCAAGCCAUCUUUGCAGGAGGCUUUGUCAUGUUCGAGAAAGCCAUCAAGGCAGCCUUCGGAGAUCCAGACGAGGAACGAACAGCGGAACGACAGCUGAUGGCGCUCCGACA